UAUUUUUCCACUGCCUAAAAACUGAAUUGAUACAAUAAAUGAAGCUAGUUUCAGCUGGGCAUGGGGCAGUCUAGGCACAGCUGAUGCUGUAUUGAGUAUCUUUGUAGACAUUUCUCAGGCAAGUGGAAUGUGGACUGUAGAGGGGAAAGUUCGCUGUGUGAUGUGUACAAAGGUCGCAUAGUGGGUAAUUGGCUGAAUAGUUUCUACCGUCAAAUCGACAAAUUAACCGACAGCAGGAUGUCCACACUAAGAAAAAUUGCUGGAAUUCCUUUACGAUCUGGCCUGAGGACAUUGUCUAGUGCUGCUGCAAAACCAGCUGCAGCAGAAGGACACCAUCCAAAUGGAUACGCGUUUGAGUUAAAUGAAACACAAAAAGAAUUUCAAGAACUUGCUCGAAAAUUUGCAAGAGAAGAAGUGAUACCUGUUGCCGCUGAAUAUGAUCGAACAAUGAAAUUUCCAUGGGAUAUUGUUAAAAAAGCGUGGUCCUUAGGACUGAUGAAUGGUCAUAUUCCAACACAUUGUGGUGGACUGGGAUUAGGAGUUUUUGAUGGCUGUAUGAUGGCUGAAGAACUUGCCUAUGGCUGUACGGGAAUUAUGACAGCCUUGGAAGCCAGUGGCCUUGGUCAAAUGCCUGUGAUUUUGGCUGGAAACAAAGAACAGCAGAAGAAGUAUUUGGGGCGCCUGGUUGAAGAACCACUUCUUGCUGCAUACUGUGUUACUGAACCAGGUGCUGGUUCCGAUGUCAGUGGUGUUAAAACACGUGCUGAGAAGAAAGGUGAUGAAUACAUCAUCAACGGCCAGAAAAUGUGGAUAACAAAUGGAGGAGUUGCUAAUUGGUACUUUGUUUUGGCUCGUACGGAUCCCAAUCCUAAGGCAUCUGCAGGUAAAGCAUUCACUGGAUUCAUUGUGGAGAGGGAUACUCCUGGCUUGACUCCAGGCAGAAAGGAAAUAAAUAUGGGUCAGAGAUGUUCUGAUACGAGAGGAAUCACAUUUGAAGAUGUCAGAGUACCGAAGGAGAAUGUCCUUAUUGCUGAGGGUGCUGGAUUUAAAAUUGCUAUGGGAGCAUUUGACAAGACACGCCCACCAGUUGCAGCAGGUGCAGUUGGACUGGCACAGAGAGCACUAGAUGAAGCUACAAAAUAUGCAAUGGAAAGGAAAACAUUUGGUGUACCCAUAGCACAACACCAGGCUGUAGCAUUCAUGUUGGCUGAUAUGGCCAUUGGAGUAGAAACUGCUCGUCUGGCAUGGAUGCGUUCUGCUUGGGAAGCUGAUCAAGGGCGUCGAAAUUCUUACCAUGCUUCCAUUGCCAAAGCUUAUGCUGCUGAUGUUGCAAACAAGUGUGCCACUGAUGCUGUUCAGAUAUUUGGUGGUAAUGGCUUCAACAGUGAAUAUCCUGUUGAAAAAUUAAUGCGUGAUGCAAAGAUAUAUCAAAUUUAUGAAGGUACAGCACAAAUUCAGCGCCUGAUUGUUUCCAGAAAUAUUUUUGAGAAGGCAAAAACAUCUGCCUGAGACUGUAUGUGAAUCUGAGAAGUAUUAAAAGUGAAAUCACAUGUAAAAAAAUGUGAAACAUUGUAAUUUUAGGCUGUCUCAAAGACAGUCAUAAGUGUAACUAGGUGCUAAUGAAAAACAUGAUACAUUGUUUCUUGCCUCUGUUCUGUGAUCAUUUGCAAUCAGUAUGGUGUCUGCACCUUUAAACUUCACUUAACUUUAGCAACAAUUUUGGUGGUUGCAGUAACGCGAAUCUCUUUCACAGCAUUGUUGCAUGUAUUUGAAACAUACUUGUUAUUAAAGAAAAUUUAUAUUUUUAUA